UGUCGUGGGACGUCGCUGUCGAUAGUGCUCCUCCUGCAUCUUCAGCGGCGAAGAGSGGAAGAAGAUCAAGCCGGAGAUUACCCAUCSCAUCGAACGGCGUGGUGAAGCUGCACCUGUCGAGGACGACAGCGAUGGCGCGCAGCUUGUUUCCGGCGAUGGCGGUCAUGGCGGCUUUGUCCGUCGUGACGAUCCUGAGUGCUGCGACGCUUGCCGUCGCAGGCCCGCCGAAGGUCACCAUAUCCUCGUUCACUUACGGCGGCAGCGGUUGCAACGGGGGCGAUACCACCUCCGUGCUCUCUUCCGACAACACCAUCCUCACAGUCAUCUUCGGCAAUCUGAUUGCCACGACUGAUGCGGGCUUGUUGGGUCAGCGAAAGACAUGCCAGAUUUCCUUGUCGCUGGAUUAUCCACGUAGCUGGAGUUUCACGCUCGGCUCGGUCACCGGCCGCGGGUUCACCGACAUCGCCCAGGGCUCCAAGGGCGUGUACGAGACGCAGUUCUACUUCUCCGGCCAACCCGGGACGCCCACCAUAACGCGCACAUUCUCAGGCCCUCGGACAGGCAACUUCGAGGCCACCGACAAGUUCCUUACGGUUGUUUACAGCCAGUGCAACGGUACGCCUAACCUGAACAUCAAGCAUGUCGUCCGCGUGGAGGGCAGCAGGGCCUUGGUCGGGCUGGAUUCGUCGGACUCGAAGUUCASGCUCCUGUUCAGUCUCGUAUGGAAGAAGUGCUAAGUUACACUUGGAAGGCAGCAUCUCGUGCACCGAGCGGGUGGGAGAGGAAGCAGUCGGUAUGCUCAAGCAGCAGGGAUGGAUGGAGCGGAGGCAAAGAGGAUGAGCGGAGCUGCCGACCUGUUCGCACUCGAGCUAAUAGCUGUAGAGAGGAUGGCCAUGCACAGAGUGUGUGGGUGCAGCCAGAAUGGCUGGGUUCUGAGUACGUAUGUGGUGAGAGGGGGUCAAUCUUAAGGCCAUCCASUCCGCGAGACUCAGACGCUAGACGAAGUGAACGAAGUAGACGCCGCACAGCUGCACUGCUCCCAUCCAGAAAARCUCGGUAGCUGGUAGAGAAAUCCAGGAUGCUAUUCCCGUACUAYGACGCUCYCUUAUCGUUCUCAUAUAUGUCAUGGGUGACCAGAUUCCUUGCAAACUGUACGUAACUUGUGCCGAAUGGCCAAACUCUAAGCAGGACCACAACGUAUGCUUGCUCCAUCCUCCUCUCAAUGACAAACAGCCGGUCGUCAAUUCCUCCCUCC